CGGAGGGAUAUUUGAAUGGCGGACGAAAUUUUAAUAUGAGCUGGGCAGCAGAUGAGUGGAAAGAUGGGCUGCCAGCCCGGGCCCUUCAAAAAAUUGGCCAGAUAGAGCAACAAUUUGAACGACUGAAGAAAGAAAGGGAUCAAAAGCAAUUUCAACUAGAUAGCCUGGAACAGGCACUUCAAGUGCAAAAGAGGAAGGUAGAGGAAGAAAAGAAUCAUGCAGCUGUUUAUAAGAGAGAAAACCAGAGCCUGUCUGAAAACUGCCAGGAAUUGGAACAAAAGCGCCAGAAAGUGGUGCAGGAGCUCACGACUAAGGACAAUCAUAUUUCCUGUAUAGAGGGAAAAUUGUCUCACUCCAAGUCACAGUACGAGGCUGAGACAAGCAAGGUUAGUCAGCUUCAGUGUGAGCUUGAAAAGCUACAGAGAGAUUACGACAAUUCCACCAAGAAUAUUGAGAAACUGACCGCUGACCACCAGAAAUUGCAGGAGUAUUGCAAACAGCAGAAGGUGCAGCUGGACAGCCAGAAUGACCGCAUAAGAAAUCUUGAAAGUGAUCUCAAGCAUAAUGUUGACCACAGCAGAAAACCUGUCACGUCUGCAUCAACAACAGGGGCUGACAGUGAUCUGCAAAAUAAGCUAGAGCAGUUAAAUGCCAUGAGGGAGAAGGAUCAGAUUGAGAUACGACAGCUGAAGGAAGAGUUAGAGAGACAAGCAAAGCAGCUUGGAGACCAGCUUAAGAAUUCCACAGGAGAGUUGGAGAAGUACCAAAAGCAGUCGUCCGAUUUAUCUAUGAAGGUAGAUAACCUGAAUCGGGCCAACCAGAUGUCUAGUUCUAUACCAGGCUUUGGCUCAUCAACCAAUCAGCAGGCCAAUGCAAAACCAGGCUUUGGUUCAUCAACCAAUCACCAUGCCAGUUCCAUACCAGGUUUUGGCUCAUCAACCAAUCACCAUGCCAGUUCCAUACCAGGCUUUGGCUCAUCAACCAAUCACCAUGCCAGUUCCAUACCAGGUUUUGGCACAUCAACCAAUCACCAUGCCAGUUCCAUACCAGGUUUUGGCUCAUCAACCAAUCACCAUGCCAGUUCCAUACCAGGUUUUGGCUCAUCAACCAAUCACCAUGCCAGUUCCAUACCAGGUUUUGGCACAUCAGCCAAUCACCAAACCAAUUCAGUACAAGGCGGGAUCAGUAUGGAAUCUGUUGGGGUGCAAAACAGUAAAGCCAAUGGCAGUUCCUGGUCAGGCGGCGGUGACUGGAAAGAAGGAUUAUCAUCACAGGCACUGCAAAAGGUUGGACAAAUUGAGGCUCAACUGGAUAAGAUCAAGAAAGAAAGAGACCAGAAACAGUUCCAAGUGGACAGUCUGGAGCAGGCAUUAAGUAAUCAGAAGAGGAAGGUAGAGGAGGAGAAAAACCAGGCCGGCAGCUUAAAGAAAGAGUUACAAACACUAUCGGCCAACUGUGAAGCUGUCGAGCAGAAACGACAGAAGUUAGCACAGGAGAUUCAGGUCAAGGACAACCGAAUAUCAUGUUUGGAUGGUCAGCUGGCUCAUGUCAAAGCUCAGAUGGAGGCAGAAACUCAGAAGGCAAGCAAGCUGCAAGCCGAGAUGGAGAAGGCACAGUCUCAGCAACAAGAAGCUGUCCGCAAACUGGAGCAGGUAUCAGAGGAGCAGGGAAAGCUACAACAGCGAGUACAGCUGGCACAACAGGAGCAGAAACAGGCUACAGAGAGCAUGACGCAGAUGAAGAAGAAUGAAAGCAUGUCACAGAAGAAACUGGAAAGCAAGGAGGAUGAGGUGAAUAAACUGAAGGACGACCUAAAGGUCACCAAAGACAGUAUAACAGAGAAGGAUAGACAGAUGCAGCAGAUGCAGAAAUCUUGGCAACAGACAGAGGCUCGUUUGAAUCACCAGAGUAACGAGAAAGAAGCGGAGUACAAGACCAUGGUGGAGAAACUAUCAGCAUCAGAAAAGGAAUUCCGUCAACUGCAGAGUGACCACAGAAACCAACAGAACCAGUUUCAGGAUCUGAAGAGCAUCAUUGAGAAAAAGGAGAAGGAAAACUCUCAACUGUCACUCAGCAAUUCACAGUACCAGUCCGACCUGGACGCUCUACAGAACAAACACAAGAAAGCCAUGGACGAGUACCAUUGCCUGCAGACCAAACUGGACCAGCUUCACUCCAGCCACCUGACAGCCACUACCCAUUUACAAGAGUCCAAAAAGUUAGUGGAAGACAAGGAGACAGAGAUAAAAGAGCUGAGGAAGACACUGGAGAGCAUGCAGGAUGAGGCAAUCCGAUGUGAGGAACAGCACCAAACCACAAUUACUGAACUGAACAGUCAGAUGUCCAAUGUCCAGCAGGCAGCUGAUACUAAGGCAGCGGAGAUCACAUCACUCGAGAUGCAACUCCUGUCUGUCCAGAUGCAGGUAGACACAGUCGCUCAGAGCAAUUCAGGACAGAUUUCCGACCUUGAACAAAAGGUCAAGGCUCUAGAGGUCAGUGAAGGUCACAUGAAGGAUGUUUUACAAAAUAAGGAACAGGAGAUCGACGCCAUGAAAAGGAAUCAGGAAGAAACUACCCAUGAGCUGAAUAACAGUAGGGAUGCUCUGUGCCAAUCGGAGGAGAAAUGUAAAAGUAUUACUGGUGAGCUAGAGGACACAAUGAGAAAGUUGGAACACGCCAAGGAUUCUGUUGAGUCACACAUAAGAGAAACUGCAGCUUUAAAGACUGAGUUAUCGUCUAUUCAAGAACAGUCCUUAAACGAAAGGGAUAACAUGGUGAAGGAGGCUGAUGAAAUUAAAGAGCAACUAAAAACGUGUCUUGUUGAAAAAGAUAAAUUACAAGAUAUUGUUUCUAAGAGGGAAUCCGAGUUGGAGAAGGUGACAAGUGACUUGGGCAAUAUGUCAUCCAUGAAAAAAGAUUUGGAAGGAAAACUUACAACUCUGACUGAAGAGCAUGACACCUUGGUUACUGAGAGACAGACCCUGACCUCUAAGUUAGAGCAAGCAGAAAGUGCUCUGGUGGCAAAAUCUAGUGAACUGAAAGAAUUGGAUAAACAACUCCAAUCCUCAUGUGAUGGACUUAAUUCCAAUCUGGAGGCAAAACAACAACAUUUGGACAGUGUACAAGUUGACUUAGACACCAUUAAGGACAAGCAUGAUAAAAUGGCUGAACUGCUUGUAGUCAAGGAACAGGAAUGCAAUAAGCUUAUACAGGAAUUAUCUGACCUGAAAACAGAAAGUUCUUCUCUAGCAGACAAACUUCAAGGAUAUCAGGAUCAGCUCAGCACACUUGAGGCGGAGAACAGUGAACUUAAAGGUCAGUACGAACAAGCCAACUCCACAGUAUUAAGUAAAAACCAGGCUCUUAUGGAAAUAGAGACCGAACUGUCCUCAUUAAAAGAAAAAUCUGACAGCCGCUGUCAAGAAUUGUUUGACUCACUGUCCAAGACACAGCAUGAGUUUGAGCUUUGUCGUGUGGAGAAAGAUAAAGCUCUGGAGGUUGUAGAUGUAAAGGAGAGAUUGUGUGAGGAAUUACAGACAAAUCUAUCCGAAAUCAAGGCUUCUGAGAAAGAUCUAGGUGUUAAAUUAGAAUCUACCGAGAAAGAAAUGAAAGAUUUGGUAAAGGAAAAAGAACAACUACAAAGUAUGCUGUCUCAAGCCAAUGCCACAGUGGAAGGGAAAUCUGCUGAGUUGGAUCGGUUAAAGUCAGAACUGGAUGAAGUUCAACAACAGGCUGAGGUAGAGCUGAAGAAGAGAUUUGAGAGUCUAAAUAGUACUAGUGAGGAACUCCAGAGUGUUAUGGAGAAACAUGAUAAAAUUAAGGAAUCUCUGAGAGUGAAGGAAGAGGAAUGCACAGGUACACAGGAGAAACUGAAGAACUUGCAGGAGGAACACCAUCAACUUGCACAGAAAUGUCAGUCUCUAGUGGAUCAAAUGGAAACCAUGUCAUCAGAUUACAGUCAACUGCAGGAGCAAUUGAGUCAGGCGAACGAUGCUGUGUCCACCAAGAAUGAUAUAGUUGGUAACUUGGAUGCUGAACUAUCUGCUCUCAAAGGAAAAGCUGACAGAGAUUGUCAGGAGUUGAGUGAAAAUCUGACUAGUUUACGUGAAGAGAACUCUAACUUCCAGGAAGAAAAAAUGAAAAUGACAGAAUUGAUUAAGGAAAAGGAUGAAGUGAAUAAUACACUGAAGGAAACUAUGAAUAGACUUCAAAAUGAGCAUCAAGAAUUGGCCAACAAAUGUCAGAGUUUGUCAGAGAGGAAGGAGACAUUGGAGAAAGAGAAUGGAUCAGUCAAUGAACAGUUACAACAGGCAAAUGAUGCUGUAGAGAACAAGAGACAAGCUAUCUCAUCACUGGAAGCUGAAUUGUUGAGUGUCAAGGAAGAGGCACAGUCUACUGGUGCAUCCACAGAGGCAACCACGUCUGAACUCCGGCAGCUAAUUGACACACUAACAACAGAAAAAGACAAAGGACUUGAUUUAAUAAAGUCCCGUGACCAGGAGGUGGAACGACAGAAAGCUGAGCUGUACUCGCUGAUGGAGAAUCACCAACAGCUCCAGACCAAGAUGGAGAUGCUACAGAUGGAUAUGGAGGACAAGGAUGAGUGUAUGGAGGACUUAGAAGGCAAGGUGCAAGGGAUGGAACAGAGUCUGGCGGCAGUCAAUCUCUCCCUGUCACAGAAGGACCAGGCCUUGACUAAAACUGAGGCCGAGAUGAACGACGUUCUUGCCAAAUUGGACAGUCUGAGGGAAGAACACACUGCUUUGGAACUACGCUGUCAGCAGCAGACAUCGCAGUUGGAGCAGCAGACCUCUGUUGUCAAUAAACAAGCAGAGACAUUACAUGAGGAGGGAGAUAAGUACCAGCGUCUCUGUGAGGAGUCAGAUAAACUUAAACUCAGCUUGGUGGAGAUGACCUCAUCAUGUGAGGACAAAGACAGUCAGAUUCUAAAACUGAAUGAUACAGUAAAGGAUUUAGAGGGAUCUGUAACAUGUUUGAAAAAUGAUUUAUCAGAGAGGGAUGAUAACAUAAAUAGCUUGCAGGUACAGUGUAGUAAGCUUCAGGACGAUUGGGAAAGCAGAUGUUCAGAUCUCAGCGAGCAGACGGAAUGUAACAAUCACCUUGAAAAGCAAGUUGUGUUGCUUGAGAGUUCUCUUGUCGAAGUACAAUGUAAACUGGAGCAUAAGUCUAAGGAAUAUAACCAACUCAGCAACAAGAUGGCAGACCUCAAAACUGAAAUGGAUGAGAAGGAAUGCAGUAUGAAAGAGUCUCUUGAUACGAUCAUACAACUGAGGUCGACAAUUCAAAUUAAUGAGGACAAAAUCAGGAGUCUGUUGACCGAAAAGGAAGAUAUGCAGAAGACCACUUCGAAAGACAUGCAAAACCUACAUGUUCAAAUAGAGUAUAAACAGGAAAUCUUGGACAGAAAAGUCAAAGAGUUACAAAAACUGCAGGUAAACAUGGAGGAUAUUCAGUCACUUUUAAACAGUCACCGAGAGGAACUGCAACAGUCCAAGGAAAGUAACAAAGCUUUAACUCAGGAAUGUGACCGUCUGCAAAUGGCACUUGGGGAUGCAUCUGAACGCCUGGAUCUCAAAACAUCAGCUUAUAACUCAUUGAUAGGUUCCAAUAGCACAAUGGAGGAAAAAUUAAAAUGCCAUCUGGAGGAAGCGGAGAACAAGGUAAAAGCUCUAUCAGAUGAGUUGAAUGGGGCUAAAUGUAAAAUGGAUAUGAUGGAAAUGGACAUUGAAGAUCGGGACGCAACAAUUGCUGAUAUGACCGACAAAUCUCAGAAUCUCACCAACAGUACAGACAGUCUCAGGGAAGAAAACAAAAAGUUGAAGGCAUCUGUCGCAAAUUUGGAAAAAGAAUUAGACAAACUGAAAGGACAAUGUUCUGAUUUGGAAGAGGAACUGAAAAGUACCUGUGAUCAGCUCAGUGACACCAGGAGAAAACAGGAGAUGGAGAAUGAAUUGAAACAGAAACUUGACACCAUACUGUCAGAGAAGAAUCAAAGCAAUCAAGAAGUGAAGGCACUGAGUGAGAAAUUGGAAGACAAUGAAAGAUUGGUGUCUCAGAGAAAUGAGGAAAGAGAGAAAAAUGAUAACGACAUGGAAAAUUUGAAAAAACAGUUAGAAGAUACACUGGAUCAGCUGAAAAACAAGGAGGCCAGUUUACAAGAUAACAUCUCUGAGUUGAUGACUUUAAAAGAUAAAUCCAUGAAAUUGUCAGAGGAGUAUGAUGCACUGUUGUCAAAGAACACAACGUCAGAAAAUGAUAUGGAAGCCCUCAGACUGCAGGUAGGAAGUCUUACAAAAACUCUGGAGGAAAAAGAUGCCUUUAUCAAUGAGCUUCAAAUUACAGUGGAAACAAAACUCAAAGCAAUGGAGUCCCUCCAGGAUGAAAUAGCGUGUCAGAAAGAAUGUUCUGAUAAAACCCUGCAAUGUGUGAAUGAGGAAAAUUACAAAAAGGAGCAAAAUAUAAAACAUCUGGAAGAAGAAAUGGAGUCAUUAAGAAAUAAUCUCCAAGAAAAGCUGGGUGAAAUCCGUCGAUUAGAAUCAGAGAAAGAACUACAACAACAGGAAUUUGAUGGUAAGAUGAAAGCAACAUCUUCUGAUCUUGAGCAGCUGAGAAAAGAAAAAUAUGAUUUGCAAGAAAGUCUGAAAUCAUCGAAGAAUGAACAAAUUGUAUUGAAACAAAAUGUUUUUGAACUUGAAUCACUGAUGGAGGAACUGAAGUCCCAGAUUUCUAACUUAGAUGAAAAGAAUUCCAAGCUUCUGUCUGAUGAGGCAGCUAUGGACCUGAAGGUGACUGAGAAGUUGAAUGAGUGUGAGGUUUCCCUACAGAGGCUGAGGAAGGAGCUCCAAGAAAAGGAGGAAGCAAGAUUUGAAUUGCAGACAAACUUUGAAACAUUGACAGAAGAAAUUACUACAAAGGAACGAAAUUGGGGAGAUCAAGAAAGGACUCUACUUGGUAAACUUACAGAAAUUACAGAUACGAUUUCUAAACUUGAGAUUAACCUUGCUGAAAGAACAGAACAGUGUGGGGAUUUGGAGAAGAAAUUGAUGGACCUUACUGCAAGUGUAGAAAAUGAGAAAUCUGAGCUAAAUUAUACAAUAGACUCUGAAAGGAAAAAACAAGUGGAUCUUCUAAAGCAGCAGGAAAAUGAGUUUGAUAUGAAGAAGCAAGAUUUGCUCAGUAAACUGGAAGUUGUUGGUCUAGAGUUGUCUCUUAAAGAACAGGAAAAUGUUAAAAUAAAUGGAGAAUUAGACCUAGUGAAGAAAGAAAAUGCAAGUCUGAAGGAUAGCACUAAUCAGGAGCAUAUUGAUAUGUGUGAGUCUCUGUCAAGUCUGCAAAAUCAACUGCAGGCUAUGACCAAUACUAGUACCAUGAUGGAGGAGGAAAAGGACCGUCUAGGAAAUCUUCUUGAUCAGGAGAGAGCAGAGGUCAAGUCACUGACGGAGAAAGUGACCAGUCUAGAGACUGCAGUCAGUGAUGCUGCUCUAAAAUUAUCACAGGUGAAAGAAGAAUUCAUCACAAAAGAGUUGCAGUUACAGGAAAAUAUCAAAGAGCUAGAAACAGAGAAAAACAAGCUCUCCACUGCUUUGGAACUUUCUUCUGCUGAUCUGGAAAAGCGUGCGGCAGAAAAAUCUGAGAUAGAGGACAAUCUGUUGGAGAAAGACUCAAUUUUACAAAAGUCUCGGAAUGACCUGGCAGUCCUUGAAAAUGAUCAGAAACGUUUGGAAGGAUUGGUGGAAUGCCUUGAGGGUGAAAAGGGAACCCUUCAUAAUAGAAUUGAUGAGUUGCAGUCGGAGUUGUCUGCCCUUCAAUCAGAGAAGGCCAGAACUGUACAAACAGCAGAGGAGACUAAGUUCGAGCUGGACACCAAGAAUGAUUUGUCUGAGACACUCCAGCAAAAGCUGGACCAACUUCAAGCAGACCAUGUAAAGACCACAGAGAAAGUCAGCCAACUACUCUCAGAAAAGGAAACACUCCUGCAUAGUUUUGAGAAUGUGACCGGGGACAAGAAUGAUCUCGCUGUAAGACUUCAGGAACAGGAGAAGUCAUCGCAGGACACUGAGGAGAAAUUGAUGCAUGAACUGAGCCAGACCAAGGAACAGUUAUUGUCCACUAAUCUGAAAAUGUCCGAGAUGAAAUCCGAGUGUGAUACACUAGAACAUAGACUGAGUGAGAGUGGCGAUGUCAAUGCUGCUCUCCAGCAAGAGAAGGAGGAACUAUUACUGAAACUAGGAAAUAUGGAACAGAAUUCCUCAGACUGGACUGGUAAAAUCUCAUCUCUGGAACAGAAGCUGAAGCAUCAUGAGGAAACCAUGGAUUAUAAUAUGAAACAGUCAGCUCUGAUGGAAGAGGAAAGAAACAACCUUAGAACAAAGGUAGAGGAGUUUGAAAAGGAAAUCAUGGACAAUGAAGAGAAUCAGAAAGUACUAGAAUCUGACUUGAUGUCAGCUGAAAAAAGAAUAUCAGAUUUGGAGGAGGAAAUAGAAAAUAAUAAAUCUCUAUUGGAAAGUGUUCAGCAAGAACUUGAGGUGUCUCGGGAACAAGUCUGUGUUAAAGAGGCUGAAAUUGUACAUAUGAAGGAAGAGAUUUCCUCAAACACAGUCAGGGCAACGGACAAAGCUUCUGAAAUAUCUACUUUUGAAAGACAAAUGGAGACUCUUAGCUCAGAGAGAGAGGAGGAGAGACAAAGAUUGGAAAAGGUAAUUGCGGACAAAGCUAUAGAUAUAGAGGAACUUCAGGAGAGAAUCUCAACACUGAAUACCCAACUUGAAUCCCUACAUUCAAAAUUUGACAGCGAAAGUUCAGAGAAGGAAAAGCUGUCUGGGAUUUUACAAGUAAACGAAUCAAAUAUGGAGGAAAUUGUGUCUGAAAAGGCACGUCUCAGUGACCUCCUGUCAGAAACAUCACAAGAAAGUGCUGACUUGAGACACAAGGUCACAGAGCUAGAAAAAGAGAUAGCGACAUUGAAGCAGACAACCGAUGCCUUGGAAGACCAAGUAAGUGAGUCUCAAACCCAGCUCCAGGCCACCCAGACUUUCUCCCAAGACAUUCAAUACCAGCGAGACUCCCUGGACACAGACUACAAGGCCAUGCAGGACCGUAUUAGUCAGCUUAGCACAGAAAACCAGGAACUUGCUACCAAAGCACAGCAAGCUAACAUAGAGGUGGAACGGUACAAAAUCCAGCUCGAAGAAAAUGAGGAACAUUCAGAACAGCAGACUCAGACAUUCUCUCAACGCAUCUCUGAUCUACAGGGAGAGGUUCAGAACCUGGCCUCGCUGGUGAGCUCCUAUGCCGAGGACAUGAAAUGUUUACAGGGAGAUAAAGAGGAUCUCAGUACCUGUGUUCAGAAGAUGGAGAUUGAGAUGAAAUCCACCAAAGAUGACCUGGAGACAAAGCAGAGUCAGGUCAAAGACUUAGAGGCCAUUGUACAGCAGAAUCAGAAAACUUGUUCCGAGUUGGAGGCAGAAUGUCAAAAAUGGAAAGAAAAGAGCGAAAGAUUAGAAGAAGAGUACAGUCAAAAGAUGUCUGAAGUGGAAUGGAUGUCUCUAGAGAAAGGUGAAACACAAGAAGCUGUCAGUAGAUUAGCCAAGGAAAAGCAAGACUUUGUGGAUAAAAAUGAAGCACUACAAUAUAAUUUGAAAGCAUCCAGAGAAGAAAUAGAAAAACUUGAGAAUUGUGUCAGCGAGAGAAACACCGAAGUCAAUGUGCUAGAGAUGGAAUGUCGGGAACUGAAAACUUGUAUUGUUGAUAAAGAUCAGAAAAUUUCCGAAAUUGAGAAGGAAAUGGAAAAGGUUAUGGAUAAAUUGAAGAAAGUUGAGAGUGACAAGCAAGUUUGUCAGCAACAAGUUGAUGACAUUGUCCUUGAAAAGGAACAAAUGGUGGAUAGAACUAUGGCUGCUGAAUCAGACUUGUCUGUAAUUAAAGAAAAUCUUGUGGCUCUGAGUUCUGCACAGGCAGAGUUGGAAGCCUCUUUGAAAAGAAGGUUGCAAAAAAAGGAGAAAGAUACACAAAUCAGUGAGCUGCAACAAGAGGUUGAGAAACUUACUGACAAGGUGACUGAGCAAGUGAGACAGGCAGCAGAGCUGCAAAGGCAAGUCGAGAGUCUGACCAAGGAGCAGAAGGCCACACAGUCAGAUAUGGAAUGUUUUAAGGACGCAAUGGAGUCGUUGGAGAUGGAGAGCGAGAGUCUGAGUGUUGAAAAGGCCACACUAGAAUCUGAACUGAAGCAGGCAAAACUGGAGAGAGAUGACACAAAGCAAACUGCAGUGAAAUUAGAACAAGAAUUACAGAAGGUAGAUAGGAGUAAAGAGAUAGAAAUGGAGCAGGAGCGAGCAUCCUGGACCGUAGAGAGAGAAGAUCUCAGGGAUAGGAUUGAAUCCCUCAAUGUGGAAAUCGCAGAGCUUGGUGACAAAUUUAGCUCUAGUUCUCAGAGACAGAAUGAUCUGAGUGGGGAGAAUACGAAUCUCACAGCCCAGGUACAGGCCAGUGAGGACAAAGUGAAAGAGCUAGAAGCUCAGCUUUCAACUUUAAACGACAACUUAGAUGUUCUUAACUCCGAGAUGUUGGAGACGUUGGAGAAGCACCGAGUCGUGUGUGAAUCUGAGAGCAGUGUAAAGGCAGAGAUGAGUGAGGUUAAAAAACAACUGGCACAAGUAACUGACCAGCUGAACACCAGGGAAGACUCACAGCAGGAGGUUAAAGGUCAACUGGAGGAGCUGAGGUCAGAAGUCAAGACAUUGACAGGGAACAAUGUUCGCUUAACUCAGCAGUGUGCCACAAAAGAGAGGGAGAAGAGUGAACUACUAGGUGACUUCCUCAAUUUGGAAAAUGAUAAAGCACAGUUACAGAGGACCAUAGAUGCUCUCAAACUUGAGGUUGAUGAUGUGAGAGGGGAGUGUUGUAAUAAGGAGAAGGAAGCCGAGCAGACCCAGAAGAAGUUGGCAAGUGAGGAGGCACGACGUUCAGAGCUAGAUGACCAGCUUUGUGCAGUUCAGACAGAGCUAGCCACAACAAAGAGCUCACUCACCAAAUACGAGCAGACUAAUGCCACCCUGGAAGCCAUCAAAGAGGAAUUUACAAAGAGGUUUCAAACAAUGGUUUCUGAUCUCUCUGAAAAGGACUCAAAAAUUGAAGAUACAAUUUCUUCUCACAAGGCCGAGGUGGAGAGGCUCACUUCCUGUCACACAGAGGAAAUUGAGAGGAUGAUGGGAGACCACUCUAUGACAUCAGAGAGGACGAAGGAGCAGUAUGAAUCAGAGAUGCAGCAGCUGCGCCAGGCUAUUACAGAGCUCGAGACACAGGCUGUAGGAGGCUCAGAUAAUGGGGACCUACAAGGAGCACUUGACCUGGCAGAGAGACAGAUUGCUGAACUCAAUGACAAAGUACAGGCACAGACUAUUGAGGAGGAGAAACUUGUUAAGAUAAUGAAGAAGUGGGAGAGCCGAUGUUCUCAGCUACAGACCGAAUUAUCUGCAGAGAAAGCUCGCUCACUCAAGCUGAAACAACUGCGCGGCAACAAGGAGCUACAAGACUCCACUUCGAGUAACACUGAUUUGGAAGAGAAACUGAAGACUGCUGAAGCUGAGAGAGACAAAUACCAGGAAGAUCUACUGCAGUCAAUGGCCGAAAGAAAGACUUUAAAACAACAGAACCUUUCACUUAAUACCAAAGUGACUGGACUAAUUAAAAUGCUGAACCUGCAGAAGAAAGAACAGAAAGCAGUGUCCAAGGUUUCUGAUGUUUCAACUUCUGAUACCACAACCAGUGAGCAUGCACCAACUAAAAAUGAAACUACAAACUUUACGGUAGUGAAACCUGAACCACGUCAUCCAAUGAAUUCGAAAAAAUUGGAUGUGCCAGCUGUUUCCAUCUCAAAACCUGAAUCUCGCGUGGACAAGCAGUCUCACAAACCAUUGACAAGAUCUUCAUCUUCCCAAAUCUUACAAAACUCUUCAAAAGAUCUUAACUCGACAAGUAAGUCUCAGACACAUAUGUCUCAACUCCGGAUCCCACAGCAACAGAAGGAUAACAAGUCACCUGAUAGAAUAUCCUCCUCGCCUGUCACAAGGGCAAUGAGUGCAAAAUUAUCUACUGGAAAGUCAACUGGAAUACCUUCCCUGACCAGGUCUCAGGAAAAACGCAAACACCAGUCAGAGACGCGGGACGAAGUUGUGCCAAAGAAAAUUAAAAGUGCUGCAGAUCUGCAACUCAACAAGAAACCUCUGAGUACGAUUACUAACAGCCCCAGUAAGACGUCACACACAUCUGAGGAUCUGACAAAGAGGGCAGGACAGGCCAAGAGAGUGCUCAGUUUACACAAGUCGCCAGAGAUGCGUAAACAUCUACGUAAAACAGAUACUCAGCAUUCCAAUGCAAAAGAUGCAGAUAAUCAAGACUGUAAGAUGCAAUAGUAAGGUUUAUUAAAGAAAAAUUGUUUUAAUCUAUUUGCUUAAGGAGAUUUUAGAGAUUAGAAAUGUACAGAUAUUAUUAUUGAUAAGUAACCGUCACUAGGUUUUCACAUUAUUGGAUAAGGUUGAUCAUGCUGUCAUGAUGCAUUAUAUGUAGAGAUGUUCAUAGCCAUUUCAUCAAAGGCUUAAAAUUUUAUUGUUAAUGUAUACAAAAUGUAACCUAUUAUUAUAAUCUGCUCCAAGGUGAACCUGAUAAAGCUGAUGCCUCUUUUAUGUCAAAUUGGAAAUUUAGUCCAAAACCUUUAUUUGAAAUUUCAAAACUAACUGGUCAUAAUAUCAUAACCUUCAGUAUGAAAACACACUGUCAUUGCCUUGUAGUAUUAUUUCUCAAAACCUCAAAAGAAAAGUUAAUAUUUAUCCUGCAAUAAAUCCAAAACUUAAUCUCGGGGCUCAAAGACUUAUGUUGGACUAAUCAAAAGCAGAAAAAUGAAAUUAAUUUGUUUGUAGUUUUAUUGAUUAGUAAUGUAUCUGGGUUGUGUAGUAUAAGACAUGUGCUUAUUGCUGAAUAAUGCUGUACUUCAUGUCUCACAAGAUCAUUGGUCAAACAAUAAUAUUUGUUUCAAACUAUAGCCAAAACUUGUGUAUGAUGAUGGGUUUUUUAAUUGUCUUUAUAAUACAGGUUUCUUCAUUCUUGUAUGUAAUACACAUUGUACAUUUAUUUAAAUAAUGUGAAAGUUGAGAUCAGUAUUAAACUGAUUGUAUUUCAAGUUACAGUGGUACUUUUUAGAACAACCACAAUAAUUAAACUGAAAUAUCAAUUCCAUUACAGAUAACUUAUUUCUCUUAUAUCUAGGUUAUUUUUAGUCCGUAGUUUAGAGAGUAUCGCAUAAAGUUGGUCACCAGGAGUAAACCUGUUUGCAUUGUGUAGUCGCUGUGCAGCUGUAGAAAAUUUCAGAUAUUCAAGUGACCUAGCACAACAUUCUUGCAUUGUCAUUAUGCAGAAAGUUAAGUUUGUACGGGUAGAAUAUCUGAAGAAGAUAGCAGUUAAGCACAUUGCAAUGGCAAAAGAUGUAACUCAGCGAGUUUAAAACUUGAUGUAAAUGGAAUCUCAAUAUUUUUUUUAUUUUUUUUGUGUGUCAAAAUUUCUGUCAUCUGUCAUUAUUAAUUACAUGAAUUUCAUCAAUUGAUGAAAUUUUAUUAAUACUUUUUUUUUUUUUGUACCUCACUACCCCUUUAUCAUGUUAGUCCACAGUGAGGGAUCAUGUGAUGUGCAUUUGAGAGGGGCAUAGAUUUGAUGAAUGGCAGCAGCAUAAAGCAUUUAGGCCAAAUGUUGAUGAAGCUUGAUGAAACUAUUCAAGUUAAAUUGUAGUCCACGUUUGUUGUAAAUUCUACAUACAACCAACUGUCGAUGAGAUUACUUGGAUAGAAAUUCUCCAGACAGGUCCAUAGAAUGCACCAUCAAACGCAUCCUUCUUGAAAAAUUCUGUGCAAGUAAUCUCUGCUUAUAUGUUGGUAGUUGAAAGUACCGGGAUAUGUGCAGAAUUUAUAGCAGGAUAAUAUAAACGAUGAAAUCACAUACAUGGGCUUGGUGUCGCCAUUUUAACAUCUCUGCUGUUUAUCAACUACAAAUCACAUGAACCCCCACCAUAUUUGAUCCCACUACAAUCUGUGACAUGUUAUAAAGCAGUCCGGGUAAUUUCUAUGCUGACUGUAGCAUGAAUAUUUCUAUAUAUCUUUGUUGGUUUACCAUAUUCAUAAGAGGUUCAUAAGGAAUAAGCAAUAUAUUAAUGCAUGGAAAUAAUCGCGCUGUAAAUUUUUUUUUUUACUUGUACAUUUAUUUUAUUCUGUGAACAUAAAGUCAAAUGUUGUAUAAGAUGUGUACAAAAGUCCAGUGGUGUACAAGAUGUGUAUAAAAUCCCAGUGAUGUACAAGAUGUGUAUAAACGUGUAAGUGUUGUACAAUAUAUGUACAAAAGUCCUACGUAUAUUUGAUACCAGGUGCACAAAAUUCAAAUGUACAAGAUGUGUAUUAAAGUCUGAUGUUGUACAAGUAAUGAUUACAUGCUGACAUACCAAAUAUAAAUACAAUGUAUUAGUUAUCAACAAACUUGUACCAGUAUAUGUGCCAGAAAAUUCUUACUGGUAUUUUAGAUUUUUAUGUUACAUGUACUUUAUACUUGGGACAUGUUUAUGUGUUUUUUUUAGUAGUUAGUGAUAUUAUUUUUGUUAAUGUAGAUCGUGAUAUCAUAUACUUAAUCCCGAAGUCAGUUGUUCAGGAAAGCUACUUUCCAUAUAUUUAUUUAGGAACUUCAGCUCAAUGUGUGGAAAAAUGAUCAAGUUCAGUUUUUGAUUUCUACCAGUUUCCUUCUCAUUUCUUUACUGUCUACUAUUAUAUAGAAGCUUGUGUUGGAAUGGAGAGAGUGUGUGUUUGUGUGUUGAGUGAAAAAUGAAGGGAUGCAUGCAGUAUGAAUGUCUUAUUUCUGGAGAGAGAACUAUAUCGAAAAUCAAUAAAUUAAAUAGAAAAGGA